GACUGAGAGUCACGGUCGUCGGGUCGACGCGUGCCGACGCGCGUUUCACGGUCAAUGUGCCAUGUGAUCGCGCCGUGGUCGUCCUCAGCUCGACGCUCGAGAGUCGACGCACAACUUGAACACGCUUCCCACGAAACACUAUUCGUGUACGCAUUGGCGGCUGCUCGCAAUGGCAGAACUUGUCUCGCUCUACUCAGUCUACGGGCACUCCUUUGGGUGUAUAUGUACUCCCGGCAACCGGAAGACAAGCUGAGAGUCAACUUCGGGAGGCACUGGCACUAAACCAUCCGCGGAGAGCCGGGAUCAUAUCGCUGAGACACUCACUCGGCGACGAUCUAGGGCUGCGCCUAUCCGAGACGCAUUUAUAACAGGAGAACACGUCUCGUUUGCGUCAACCGUAGCGAUGUUUGGCGUCCAAGCCUUGUCUACAACAGUCUCCGCCCUCGCCGCAACGUUCGUGCAGUAUGGACGGCACUGGACAGCAGAAGUCGCGUUCAAGACGACACCCGCAUCGCUGAAUUGCUACCCUUUCCUGCCCGACCUGUUCCAAGAGUCGCCACCAUCGGCUUCUCACCCGUUGAUGCAAGAGGCUGCGGCGAAAGUGGAUGCGUAUCUGCGCGACCGCUUUCAGUCAGGCGGAGGCGACAUAGAGAGCAUUUCUGUCGCCGUAGUGACAUCGCAAGCUAGGAAUAACGGCUCGGACGCCGACCGCGAGUCAUCGCCGCUCACCAGCAGCCAUGCGAUGUACCGAAUGGCGAGCGUGUCGAAGUUGUUUGAGGCUGUUGAGGCACACGUCCUCAAGCAGAGAGGUGCUCUGUCGUGGGACGAUCCGGUAUCGAAGUACCUACCCGACUUCGCGUAUCGGCUGGAUGGGUAUUCGCCUGACAAUGCAGGACCAUUUCUGGAGGAAGAGCCAAUUACUCUCCGCCACCUUGCCACCCAUAUGUCUGGACUGGGUCAUGAUUGGCCUCCCGGUGACGUCUCCCAAUGGCCCUCAUCAGUAGACGGAGCCGGUGCCCCUCCAACAAACGGGCUGCCCUUUCCUACCAUCGACGCUGUUUUGGACUCCGUGGCUAUCAAUCGUUUGGUGUAUCCCCCAGGCCUCUAUCCAUCAUAUUCCAAUGCUGCGACGGGCGUAUUGGGACCUGCGCUCGUCGCUGCAAACCGUCUUGCUUCGAGUGAUCCCAGCGGGGAGCCCACCCAAUAUGCUGAUAUCGUGAAGCGCGAUGUGUUUGAUCCUAUGGCUCUAAAUGGUAGCCAUUUCUUGGCGACUGAGGAAAAUAAACAUCUACUGGUCGUACCUUCGUUUGAAACUUCUAUCGUCGACUUCGACUUCUUGGAUGCUAUGAACGCCGCAGGGGGGCAAUGGUGCUCGCUCUCCGACGCGAUUACCUUCACAUCGACGCUUCUCAACCCUCGCCAUCCCAAGAGUGUCCUCACGCCAUAUUCGAUGCGCAACUGGCUUCACGCUACGCACUCCUUCGAAGAGGACGACUGGACAGAAUUGGGACUCAUCUGGGAAAUAAUCAAGGCGAUGGACUCAAAUCACAGGUUGCGCAGGAUCUACUGGAAACUUGUAAACUACCACAGCGCCAUCGCCAUACACCCCGGCACGUCUUACGGCGUCGUGGUCUUCAUGGCCGGGGCAUACAUGGACGCUGCCCAGAUCACCUACCACAUCUUCGAGAUCGUACAGCCGUACGUUGACCGCGCACUCGCGGAGCUCGCAACAGCCAUGUACGUCGGUCAUUGGAGAAGCUCGGACGGGGACAGCUCUGCAACGAUCACGGUUGACCCUUGUGCUAACGGGACCAAUGCGAUGGAUACGUUCAACGCAUUCAACGGGCCCCCGGAGGUCGUUCAGGGUAAGCGCAAGAAACGGUUCGCCCUGCGUCCGACCGGUCGGCGGGACGAAUUGCGCUUGGACACAGGAACGCCGCCCCUGUUAUGCGUAUUGGGUCGGGAUGACGACUGGGGAAUGCAUCACGGUGCCCCUACCAAUCUCGUCUACUUCACAGGCAGCACGGAAGGGUGGGAGCAGGGACGAAUGGAGCAGCGCACUCUGCAUGUGCCGGCUAUGGGCGACCUUCAGAUGCGUAGGUCUGACUAGCGAGGGGGGUUGAGUAAGUACUUACGUUGGUCUACGCCGGCCCUGACAUGAGUUGACAGUUUCUGGCUGGUAUAGGUCUGAAGGGCUCAUGUACACAUAGUUACGUCGCAUUGAAUGUUAGGCACAGGAGGACAAGUG